AUGGCGCAGCAGACAGUGGCCGCUCGACACCUUGUUCGCCGUCCGUCUGCGGAGGCUGAGCAGCGCGCAGCACCGCAAACACUGCCCGCCACGCCUGUUUCUCGCUGGAGCACCAAGUGGCGUCGGCAAACCAAUCCAAUACUGCAAAGAAUAUCAGCCCAACAAAAUAAAGUCCAAAGAAAAGAGGCAAUCUUUGUUGCAAAAGACUCUGCCUCUGACAGUCAACCCGCUUCCAGAGCAUCACCACCCCCAAGCGCCAGCGGCCGUCACAUGCCCUCCGUCCGGGCAGGCUGUCGCCACCAGCGGCGCCAAGUCUUCCUCUCCGCUCGUACAGAUUACUGGUGCCUAAUCUGUACUGAGUACACAACUACAGCGUACGCUGUCGUUACCAGUGUCCAUAAAAAGUCACGACAAAUGCUCAUUUCACCUCGGGAGAUUCAUAAUCACGGCUUUAUCCAGCGGCUCGGCCUUUACCAGCAAUGCCCAAACUCCAUCCAAUCGCAAUUUCCACACAUCAGAAUCAACAACUCCGAAUAG